GUCACAUAUAUAUAUAAAAAGUUGAUUACUUAAAUAAACAAUUACUCCAGAAUAAUUGGUGUUUCUAGAUCUUAUUCAACACAGAAAUCUUUAAAAAUUUACUUUAUGCUCCAGUGAAGAACUCAAAGAUGUCAACAGCAACGACGGAGAAUAUCUUAAAUGAAGUCUUUGGACUGAUUGAGAAACAUGGAGAAAAUGAAUAUUUUGGAGAACCAGUCAGUAUUAAGGAACACAUGAUCCAGUGUGCCAUGUUAGCUGAAGAAGAGAAUUAUUCUAAAGAGGUCAUUCUUGGAGCAUUCUUCCAUGACUUUGGACAUUUCCUGCAAAUGGAAGGGAAACAGAAUCUAAUGAUUGUUGAUGGUGUUGUCUUGGGGACAUCAAACCAUGAAAAAAUCGCAGCAGAGUAUCUGGAAGCCAGGAAUUUCUCUCCCAUCAUUUGCAACAUUGCCAGACACCAUGUGAAUGCUAAGAGAUAUCUUGUUUUCAAGAAUAAAUCCUAUUAUGAGUGUGAGUAG